CCCGAGGGACUCUUGUAAAAGCGUGUUGUCGAGAAACGUGACGUUUGACGGGUUAAAGUUGAACAGAUGAGAGAAACAGGAGGUGUGUGUACCUCUCAUCCUUACUGUUGUUGUAAGAAGAAGGGCUGCCAGUGUUUGUUAGUGGACGGCAAAAGCAACAUUCAGAGAUGAGUCUGACUGCUAUUCUGUCAGUGAUCGACGGUGGAGAUGACAAGGGAGCUGAAAAGCUUUUGCAGAAGUAUAACAUAGAGAACAGCCACACGUUUGCCUUUGACCACAAAGAGGAGGAUGCACGAAUUAAAUUGUGUCAGGGUCUACUUACAGUCCUCCGUCGUUCAGAUCAUCCACUUUGCCAAAGCACCUGCCUGGAGACCCUGCGCAUCCUGUCCAGAGACAAGCGUGUACUUGGACCCGUAGCCACCAAAGAGGGCAUCCUCACUCUAGCAGGACUGGCCCGGAUCCAUGUGGCGGGACACAACGGAGAGCCACUAGAGGAGGCACAGUCGACAGGGGAGGAGAGGGUUGUAGUGGAGGCCCUCAAGUGCCUGUGCAAUGUAGUGUUUAACAGUGUACCGGCACAGCAGGUGGGCGCUGAUGUGAAGUUGGCAGAGGGCCUGUGUGCCCGCUUGCAUUUGGUCAGCUCGUCCCAUCAUGAGGUGGGCCUGUUCUCCCUCCGGCUGCUGUUUCUGCUUUCCGCCCUGCGGACGGAUGUGAGUGGCAUGCUUCAGAAGGAGGCGGGUGCAGUGAGGCUGCUCACCGACAUACUGGAACGCACCCUUGACGUCCUUUGGGUGGGGCCGUAUGAGGCCACGCCCCCUAAACCAGAAGCCCUGCCCAUUUCUUUAGAAAACAAUGAGCUUGCCAUGGAAGCCCUUAAAGCUCUGUUUAACAUCACUAUGUCUGAUUCCAGCGAUGAGGACAAUGACCACCAGCUUCGGCUGAUUGCAGGCAUCAUGAGACAUCUCCUAAUGCUCAAGACGCACACUGAAGAUAAAACAGAGGAGGCUCACAGUCAUACCAUAAAUCUCCUGAGUAACCUUCCCGUGCGAUGCCUGGAUGUUCUGAUAGACAUCCCUGUCCAAGGUGGGAUGGAAGCGUAUGGUGGGAAGAACAUGGACGUAGUGCAGAUACUUCUAGAUUUUAUGGAAAAGAGGAUAGACAAGGGGACCAACUAUAAAGAAGGCUUGACACCUGUGCUGAGUCUGAUGACAGAGAGCUCUAGAUACCACAGGGAGAUCCGCAGAUACCUCAAGACCCAGGUGCUGCCUCCCCUGAAGGAUGUGAAGGAAAGGCCGGAAAUCGGCUGCACAGUUCGAAACAAACUGGUGCGUCUCAUGACGCAUAUAGAUAUGGCAGUGAAACAGGGGGCCGCUGAGUUUCUCUUUGUGCUCUGCAAGGAGAGCGUGGAUAAUCUGUUGAAGUACACUGGUUAUGGUAAUGCUGCGGGACUGUUGAUGGCACGAGGGUUGCUGGCCGGAGGCAGAGGAGAGACACAGUACUCAUCUGAUGAAGACUCUGACACUGAGGAGUACAAAUCAGCCAAACCAUUUAUUAACCCCAUCACAGGUCACAUAGAGCACCCAAUGCCAAACCCUAUGGAUGAGAUGACAGAGGAGCAGAAGGAAUAUGAAGCUCAGAAGCUUGUCAGUAUGAUUGAUGAAUUAUCAAGAUGACACCGUCCUCUAGAAGCAUUGUGCUUGUUUUCUCAUCACCCUCCUUGGAGACUCGAUAUGUGCGGGGCCGCAUUCAUGUUGACCUUUUCCUAAACAACCGGUGGAGUAAACUAGCGAGAGGUGUAGCGCCGUUGCUCCAUCCACGCUCCUUACCAACCGCUUCAUUAAAACAAGAAUCCUCUACCGUCGUCCUCUGCCUCAUUUAAAGCUGGCCUUCCGCAUUCAACAGGAGUCAAUGCACACCGACCGGCCACCGCAGCCUCGCUGCAUUAAUUACCAGCUAAUUGGCACACACAGUGGGAUCGUGGGCUCAGGCUCUUUUGUACAAUACACUGAGGUUUUAUAAUACAUAUACGUGGUUCUCUUUCAUACGCUGCCGUUUUAUUCAGCCGGGGUGCCAGACAUUGUCCUCGGACAUGAAGUGGUUUGAGACACUGGCUCAAUUAUGGGUGUGCCUAUGUACGUUAGCUGCCGGGUGAUGUUUAAUAAGUUUGCAAACACAAGAGGACGCACCAUUGUCCAUCCAUAGGGUGUUUGAGUCGUAAUGAGCAGCGUGUGCCCAAGAGAGGCAGAUUCCUGUCUUUGAGAAUAGAUCCUCGUUCCUUCUGUCUUCCUCCUAUUCUUUUUAUCAGGAUUGAAGGAGGUGUUGUGUGGAAGAGGGAGGGCACUGGUGCUUCCCGCUACGGCUGCUGGGGAGAUGCAACAUGUCCAUGGAGGAAUGUCCCUCCCUAUGUGUGCUGCUUGACUUGCUGUCCAAUUAGUACUGACUCUCUACCCCAUACACACACACACACACACACAUAAAACCCUACGUAAACUCACAAUUGCUCAGGUUGCUUAUCAGUGCAUGUGCAUUUGAUUAGAUAAGAGAUUGUCUUGGAUUCUGGUUUGUGUUUUCAAGGGACGCAGAGGAAACGUCUUUGUUUCCUUCUUGUCAACUUAAUAUCUUGUUUACACUCGUCAUGACGUGCGUUUGACGUCAAGGGGUUCUUAUGUGGACAGUAAUGCAGUCCAUGCCUGAAAAUCGGGGAUAAGAUAGUUGGAAAUUAGGGAUGUAACAGUACACAAAAAUUACAGUAUGGUACGUACCAUUGU